AUGACGAUAAGUUCAAAAACCCAGUUUCCCCUUUCGGUUCCGAUCAUUGAGUUCUCGAGUCGAGACCCAGAAACACCUGAGUGGCACUCGGUGAGAGCCCGAGUCCGAAAAGCCCUAGAAGAGUACGGAUGUUUCGAAGUUUUGUUCGAUGGAGCUUCAGUGGAGCUAAGGAAGGCUGUGUUCGAGGCCUCAAAGGAGGCUUUUGAUUUACCAUUGGAGACCAAAGUGAGUACAAAGUCAGAUAAACUUUACAAAGGAUACGUCGGUCAGGUUCCGACUAUACCUUUAUACGAAGGUAUGGGCUUUGAUGGUGCAGAUAAUCCUGAGGUUGUGGAUGAUUUGACUCACAAGCUUUGGCCUCAAGGCAACAUCACUUUCAGCAAGAAUGUUCAGUCAGUUGCGGAGAAGUUAAUAGAACUAGACGUGAAGGUGAGGACGAUGAUCAUGGAGAGUUUCGGGCUCCAUAAAUACAUCGAGGAGCACCUUAACUCAGCGAAGAACCACUUUCGCUUCUUUAAGUAUAGAGGACUUGACGAUAACACAGAGGAGAAGUUAGGCCUUGACCCUCAUAUCGAUAGACAUUUCCUCACUAUACUUUGCCAAAACGACGCAGUAGAUGGCUUGGAGAUCAAAACCAAAGAUGGUGAAGAGUGGAUCAAAGCUAGGCCAUCGCAAGACUAUUCGUUCCUCGUUAUUGCUGGAGCUUCUCUUCACGUACUAUUGAAUGGUGGGGUGUAUCCUCCGCUUCACCGUGUGGUGAUAACCGGAAAGAAAGAUCGUCACGCGGCUGGACUUUUCUUGCUUCCCAAAGAAGGAUUGAUCAUAAAUGCACCUGAGGAGAUUGUCGAUGAUGAAAAUCCUCGUCUCUAUAAGCCCUUUGAUUUUGAGGCUUACUUUAAGUUCACCUACAUAGACACCAAGAAGAGAGACUUAUCUGCUCUCAAAACGUACUGUUCCCUGUAA